AUGACUAUUGACCUAGCUUCUAUUGAGAAAUUUCUUUGUGAUCUAGCUACUGAAAAAGUAGGUCCAAUCAUCAAAUCCAAGUCAGGAACUCAAAAAGAUUAUGAUUUGAAGACUGGCUCCAGGAGGGUCGAUAUUGUAACUGCUAUCGACAAACAAGUCGAAAAGUUGAUUUGGGAAUCGGUUAGAGCCCAAUAUCCAAAUUUCAAGUUCGUUGGAGAAGAAAGUUAUGUGAAAGGGGAGACCGUGAUUACCGAUGACCCCACUUUUAUCAUUGAUCCAAUCGAUGGGACCACAAACUUUGUUCAUGACUUCCCAUUUAGUUGCACUUCUCUAGGGCUCACGGUGAACAAAGAGCCCGUAGUAGGCGUUAUUUACAAUCCACACAUUAACCUUUUGGUAUCCGCUUCUAAAGGAAAUGGCAUGAGAGUUAACAACAAGGACUACGACUAUAAAUCAAAAUUAGAAUCUAUGGGUUCUUUAAUACUAAAUAAAUCAGUAGUGGCAUUACAGCCAGGUUCUGCAAGAGAAGGAAAGAAUUUCAAGACGAAAAUGGCCACUUAUGAAAAAUUGCUAUCUUGUGAUUACGGCUUUGUUCAUGGAUUCAGAAAUUUAGGAUCCUCUGCAAUGACUAUGGCAUAUAUUGCUAUGGGUUACCUUGAUAGUUAUUGGGAUGGCGGUUGCUAUUCAUGGGACGUGUGUGCUGGAUGGUGUAUUUUAAAAGAAGUGGGUGGUCGUGUAGUAGGUGCCAAUUCGGGUGAAUGGAAUAUUGGAGUCGAUAAUAGGACAUAUUUGGCUGUGAGGGGGACAAUCAAUAACGAAAAUGACGAACAGACAAAAUAUAUCACAGACUUUUGGAACUGUGUUGAUGGUCAAUUGAAAUAUGACUGA